AUGGCGACGCUAGCUCGCGCAUCUCGCCGGCUGCUUCCGAGAACCCUCUCCACCCCUGUAAUCGUCCGGUAUUUUUCAGUAGAAUCGGCCCAAGCGCCACCACAAUCAUCGCCACUAGCACCUGUAAUCAGGGAAUCUCCGGAUCGGGUGAAAUGGGACUAUCGGGGUCAGAGGAAGCUAAUUCCUCUUGGACAGUGGGCCCCCAAGGUAGCUGUCGAUGCUUACGUGGCGCCCAAUGUGGUGUUAGCCGGUCAGGUGGUGGUCUACGACGGCGCAUCUGUCUGGAACGGCGCCGUAUUGCGUGGUGAUCUGAAUAAGAUUACUGUUGGGUUCUGCUCCAAUGUGCAGGAACGAUGCGUUGUCCACGCUGCCUGGUCUUCUCCUACAGGUCUGCCAGCGGAGACAUUAAUUGAGAGAUUUGUAACAGUUGGUGCAUACAGUCUCUUGCGAUCCUGCACAAUUGAGCCGGAAUGCAUUAUUGGUCAGCACUCUAUACUUAUGGAGGGUUCUUUGGUGGAAACACAUUCUAUACUUGAAGCCGGAUCUGUGGUUCCUCCAGGAAGGAGAAUACCAAGUGGCGAGCUUUGGGCAGGGAAUCCAGCAAGGUUCAUUAGGACUUUGACACACGAGGAAACACUGGAGAUUCCUAAACUGGCUGUUGCAAUAAAUGAUCUGAGCAAAAGUUACUUCUCCGAGUUCUUGCCUUAUUCAACCGUGUAUUUGGAAGUUGAGAAGAUGAAGAAAUCAUUGGAAAUUUCAAUCUGA